CAGCUCCGGACAAGGAAGCGAAGGGCGGGGAGCCGGGCUCAGCUGGCAGCCUGGUACCGGGCAGCACCAGCUGGAGACACAGGAUCCCAAGCAGGAGCAGCUCCAGGUGACACCAGGGGGCUGAGCAUACUCCCACGGGGGCCCAGCAGGAAAAUGGGUAACCAAAUGAGUGUUCCGCAGAGAGUAGAAGACCAAGAGACUGAAUCGGAAACAGAGACUUACAAGGUGUCACCGGACAGUGAGCGUGCUCCAAAUGGGGUCCCGGUGGUGGUGUCCACCUACACGGUUCAGCACUUCGACGAAGUCGACUUGGGGAUAAGCGUGAGGACGGAUAAUGCGGCCACUUCUUCCCCCGGGACGACGGAGACGAGUGCCGGGGCGGAUGCCAGCGGGAAGAAUCUUGGGAAGGAGGCCAGCCCCAGGGCACCAGCUGCUCAAUCUCGUUUCUUCUUGACGCUCUCUCGGCCUGUACCAGGACGUGCCGGAGACCGAGCCACGGAUUCAUGCACUGCACCAGUGGGGCUUGAUGUCAGCCCCAGCGGAGCCCGGGCGGACAAAGGCCCGAGUGAGCGCCCGGCGCUUCCGGCCGCAGCUGCGGCGGGCCCGGGCGCGGAUAAAAGCCAGGAGCCCGGCCCGGCCCGGGACACGGCCCCGGACCCCGCGCCACCGCCGCAGGGAGCAGCCCCCUCCAGGCCCAGGGACCCCGGCUUCUUCGACAGACUCUUCAAACUGGACAAGGGACGGGAACAGGUGCCGGUGGACAGCCUGCAGGGAGCCGAGCGGGCAGAGCACCGAGACGAGCUGGGCGCGGCCCCCGCAGUGUCAGGGCAGGCCGAGGAUGUCCCUGCAGGGCAGGGCAUAGCUGACGGCGAGGAAAAAGAAGGACGAGAAAUAGGCACUGUGAGUGGGUCUGUCCCCGGGGACCCGGAAGGACCGGAGAUUGCAAAGGAGGACUCCCAGACAGCAGAGAUAGAGGACAAUAAUAAUCCCAUCAUGAGUUUCUUUAAAACUCUGGUUUCGCCUAACAAAGCUGAAACAAAAAAAGAUCCAGAAGACACGGCAUCCAAAGCAGAAAGUGUCUGUGACGGACAAGCGGGUCAGAAGACAUCCGAGAGCCAGGCUAAAGGCGCCAAGAAAAAGCACCUGGAUAGCCCCAGGCUAGGACUCGCCUUUAGAAAGUUCUUUAGGCAUAAGGGUGCUGAAAAGUCACCCACCACUUCGGCCGACUGUAAGUCGGACAAAGCCAACUUCACACCCCAGGAGACCCAAGGGGCAGCCAGGAACCCCAAGGGCAGCAACCCGUCGGGUCACGUGCAGUCUGGGACGUCCACGGAGACAGUGAAGGAAGGUGCCAAGGAGAAAUCGGGACCCACCUCUCUGCCGCUGGGCAAACUGUUUUGGAAAAAGUCAGUUAAAGAGGACUCAGUCCCCACAGGUGCAGAGGAGAAUGUGGUGUGUGAAUCACCAGUAGAGAUUAUAAAGUCCACGGAAGUAGACUCAGCCUUACAAACAGUGGAUCUCAACGAAGAAAGAGAUGCUCCACCUGAACCCGCAGAAGUCAAACUCAAAAGAGAAGAGAGCAAACCACCAAGAACCUCCCUGAUGGCGUUCCUCAGACAAAUGUCAGUGAAAGGGGAUGGAGGGAUCACCCACUCAGAAGAAAUAAAUGGGAAAGACUCCAGCUACCAAACGGCGGACUCUGCAGAGAAGGCUACCACGCCGCCGGAGCCAGAGCCCGCAGGAGCGGCCCAGAAGGGCAAAGAGGGCUCCUCCAAGGACAAGAAGCCGGCAGCCGAGGGAAGCAAGCACAAGAGCAGCAAGCAGGAAGCCAAAGACCCAGCGCCGUGCCCGGGGCAGGCCACGGGGGAUGCCAACUCACUGCAGAAUGGCGACAAGUCCCAGAAGAGACCCGAGAAGCGGCAGCAGUCCCUCGGGGGCUUUUUUAAGGGCCUGGGACCAAAGCGGAUGUUGGACGCUCAAGUGCAAACAGACCCAGUGGCCAUCGGACCAGUGGGCAAAUCCAAGUAAACAAUCACCACAGUUCCCACCCAGGUUCUCCUGCCACCAGGAUGCUUUCUCCUUACCCCAGCUUGUCCCCCAAACACACUCCAUGUAUAUACCCUUCCAUAGCCAUGACGUGAGAUUCUGCGUGCAAAUUAAGCCCGAGCUGUUAUAUACUGAGGUGUAUUAUUUAUGUCUCUGGUCCAGUCUUUUUGGGGUAACUAAUUGUAAAGGCGGUUAAGCAGGUUAACUAGUUAGGUCAGAAGAGUGGACGACUGCCAAGCAGGGAGGGGAAAGUGUGGAGGGUUGCGUUCGGGUCACGUUAGGAGAAAUGUCAGUGACAGGUCAGUUGCCGAAGGAAAAUGCCUGCUAGAAGGAAUUAAGCUUUGCAGUAAGUUAAGUGCUCAUCCUGUAAGCUUGGAAGAGGGAGAGGGAAAUCUGUUUGUUUAAGUUCUCAUUUCAAGUAGGGAGAACCCGGGCGGCUGCGUUGGGUGGUUGCCAAUUUCCUGGAAUGGAAUGUGUGGGGUAUGAAAAAAGGAAUGAAUAGGAGUUGUUUUUCAAAUAAAGUCCUUGAAAUGUAUUAAUGAGAGGGAAAAGAUUGACUGAAGAGGGCUUAAAAUGAUUUGGAAAAACAAUGGCUUUUGAGGCUCAGUGACAAGUGCAACUCCAAAAAAUAAUAAUAAUAAUAAUGCAAAUAAAUGAAGUUGCAAGUUUAUUUUACAACACAAGGGGGCGCUAUGGCCCCCAUUUUUAUCCCACAUCCUGUAUCCCUAACAAAGAUUUGGUCUCUGCAAUCUUACAUUAUUAAUGUUUCUCAGAUGGCUGAGGGGCUUGCUUCAUCUGUUCCGUCUGACACUUGCUUCAAAUGUGUCUGUAAUUUCCUAAUGUUCUCAGGAUGUGCUCUGAUAAAACCCUCCCCAUAACCUCAGUUAAUAAAAAUUUACAGAAGAUUAUGCAAAUACCUGAGUUUUUUUUAAUACUUGUACAGAGGAAUACAUAGGACCCUGAGUCUAUUAAAAUGUAAUUCAAAGUAGCAUAUGAUUGGCUGAUAGUCAUGUAUACUGUAUCUUUCUUUUUUCUGAUUCAAUAAAAAAAAAUACAUUUACAUCUAAA